AUGCAUAGUUCUAACAAACCUGUUUUCAUUAAAUUCUCAUUGAUUGAAGAUCCUCAAGUACAACGAACUCGUAGAAUCCUGUCAAUUAUACUUGGCACUUGUAUUUGUUUAUCUAUACUUCGAAUGAUUAGUGUAAUUUUUGGAAACGGCAGCAAUGCUUGUUUAAUUAAAACUGAAUUUGUAGCAGAAAUUGUUCAAUUUCUUAGUUCAAUUCUUGCUUACAGCUUUGGAUUAUUUGUCACUCGUCGAUACUAUGAAACUGGUUUACGAAUAUUUGCUUGGUUGAUCAUACUUGAACUGGUUAUAAUUGGUAUUGGUAUUAUAAUCGUAGUUCUUAUAAUUCUUGGUGGUAUACAUCGAACGGUGCCGAACUCAACUACUUAUAAAGAUCGUGACAGCCUCAUGAUUCGUACACAAAUAGGUGCUUUGACUUGUGCUUUUAUAUAUGUUUUUGCUUCUGUUCUUGAUAUUAUCAUUGCAAAAUUUGCCUUCAAAUUGAUCAACCUUAUUGGUAUCAAAAGAUCUUUACCUCUGCCACAAAUCUAA